AAUGUCUUGACGGGCAUGAGCGAGCAGCCAAUGCGCAUCAUCCCUGAGCAGAAAGCAAUGGGCGUUUGUAGCCUGGGUUGUGGUGACAGUUUAUUUUAGGACUGCCGAUUGGUUACCUGGCGGGUCGGCCCAGCGCCCCUCCAAAUAUUGACUUUCAGACGUCCAGUCGCGUGUCGCGCCAGUCGCAUAAUUUGGCCUGCACUUUGCCAGACCACAUCACGACCACAACCUCGCAAUCCAGCGCCGCGAGCGCAGGCGCCACAUGUCCCCUCAAUUAUCAUGGCCGACACUGAGCUGCUCACCGAGCACUUUGGCUACCCUCCGGUCAGCCUGCUAGACGACAUCAUCAACAGCGUCAACAUCCUCGCCGAGCGCGCCCUCAAUAGCGUCGAACAGGGCCUCCUCAAUGCGCCCCCCGCCAGCCUCGGCUUCAAGACCAGGCCACCGCCCAAGCACAACGCCGCCGACCCGUGGAACCCGGUCGAGGCGGCCAAGAACGAGAUCGAGGCCGGCACCCACCAGCUCGAAACGCUCCUGUGCGCCAGUAUAGACCGCAACCUCGACAAGUUUGAGCUCUUUGUCCUCCGCAACUUCCUCUGCGUCCAGCCCGUCGACAUUCGCGACUGGAUGCGCCUGAGCCACUACGAGGGCCUCGACUUCGUCAACGCCGCCGUGGCUGCAGACUCGGAUGCGGCGCGACAAAAACAACCGCAGAAUGCCUCGAGCGACGUGCCUACUCUGGCCAGCAUCAAUGAGCUACGCAGGAAACUGCGGGAAAGCAUGCGACUGAACGCCCUCCUCACGGCCGAGCGCGAGCGCAACGCUCGCACGCUACAGAAGCUCCAACAUUUGAUCCUCGGCGGCAAGGUUCAGGUCAAGACGGAGGGCGGCGACGACAACAGCAACGACACAUCAACGACCGUGCCGCAAUCAGACAUGGACGGUGCAGAGAAACAUGGUCCCAGCCCGUUCGCAUUCCUCCAGCAGAAGGGCACACUCUCUGCCGCGGGGGGCUCCACGCCGCUUGGCACGACGACAGCAUUCACAUUGUCCCAGCUCCAGGCUCUGCGCGCGCUGUCAGAAUCCCUGCGCAAUGUAACACCUGAUCUCCUCGCACCCACUCCUCCCGAAGAGGACCAUGAGGACGAGGGCGAUGACGCGAGCCAGCGCAAACCGGGUCUCGACUUUGACGAGGAGAAACAUCGAAGUAAGAGCUGGCGCCGCCAGCGCACAGAGUACGUCGAGCACGCGACGCGGCGGCACCUCGAGAUCGUGCAUGGGCUCGAGCUCGGGCGGCACGGCGAGGUGCGCGACGGCGAGUGGCAGGGCGAAGGACGGCAGCUGGCGCACGGCGAGGUUGAAGGGUUGGAAAAGGUCGCUGCUAUUCUCGGCAGGGAGACCGCUUCAUCAUCAUCAUCUUCUUCUUCUUCAGCUAGGGCUGCUGCAGGCGGAGCUACACAGCAGGAUGAGGACCAGCACGACACAGCCGCCGCGUUUUCAGCAUUAACUACGAGGAGAGCAGGCUCCGCGGGGCCGCCCGCGGCGACGCCUGCGGCAAAGUCACGCAUCAGCAAGUCCACCGCGACCACCCCCGCGACAGCGGCCAGGGCCUCUGCUGCGAGCCACCGGAAACCGCCAGCCAGCGCCUCCGCGUCUCUGAGGCGGACACCCGCGAGCGGCCGGAAAGCGACCACCACCACCACGCCGGGGCCUCGCAAAGUCGCGACGAAACCCGGUGAUGGCGGCGACCAUCGCGACGACAGGAUGAUGGUGGAAGAGCGGGACGAGGACGACGAUGACGAGGAGGACCUGAUGGACAUGUCUUGAGGGGCCGCAAGUCUGCGCGGUUGUGUGCGUGACUACACGGCAUAAGUCCUGAACAUUGGCCCUCUUUGUCGUGGGACGCUGUUUUGUUGUUUUGCGGGUUCUCUAUCGGUAUCAAGGAGGGGG